UGUGUUCUUAUCAUCCCCACCACUAGGCACCACACCAACCCAGCAAGGCCUUCCCCAUAGACAAUUUAUUCUUUCUUCUCGAUCGCAUCAUCCUUUGAGUUUCACUUCAUAUUUAGCAAAAUAGAAAUGGGUGUGACCACCAUUAGCACUGAGUUCAGUUGUCCAAUCCCUCCUGCUAGGCUUUUCAAGGCUGCAAUCCUUGAUGCACACAACUUACUUCCCAAGAUCCUUCCCGACAAGAUUAAAUCCAUUGAGAUUCAAGGUGAUGGUGGUGCUGGAUCCAUCAAACAGAUCAACUUGGCUGAUGAUGGUCCUUUCGAUUUCAUCAAGCAUCGGAUUGAAGAACUUGAUGAACAGAAUUUUAAGUGCAAGUUUACUCUGAUUGAAGGUGCUGUCAUAGGAGAAAAGAUUGAAAAGGUUGUGGAUACGGUUCAGUUCAUGGCCUCUGCAGAUGGGGGAUCCAUCUGUAAAGGUACUUCUGAGUUUUACACUAUUGGUGACUACACUAUGGGUGAGGAUGAAAUCCAAAUGGGCAAGGACAUGGCCACUGGGACGUUCAAGAUGGUGGAAGAGUACCUGUUGCAGAACCCAACUGCUUAUGCUUAAGAGUAUCUUUUAGUUGCUCUAUAAUAUCAAUAGAGAUUUUAUGGCUCAAUAUCCAUAGUAUUUGUGCCUUUUUUUUUUUUUUUUUUUUUUUUUUUUUUUUUUUUAAGUGGGAGGGGUGGGGUUGGGGAUGAGCAGGUUUGGGAGGGUUAAGGAUUUGGUUAUGCUUUAAUAAAAGUGUAUUUGUGAGGAAUGUUUGCCUGCACAUAAGUUGUAAGAAUCUAUAUUUUUGGGAUAAUUAAUUAAUUUCUAGAUUCAUGUAGUUUUAUAUA